AUGGCUGAUUCACCAAGUAGAUCAUCAUCAGUAGAUGCACAACCACCACCACAACAAAAUAUUAUAGAACAAGUAAGAUCGGCACAAGAACGUCAAUUGGAUGAAUUAAGAAAACAAAGACAAGAAUUAAGAAAACAACAACAAUUAAGAGCUCAAUUUGCUCAACAACGAAUUAUUUCUCCAUUACAACAUCAGACUUCAAAUCGACCUUCACCAUUGGGAAGUGGUGGGAGUAGAAUUGGGAGAGAAGAGGGAUUAAUUCCAAGUCCUGCAGCUGGUGGUUCAAGACCUUCACCAAGACCUACAAACGUUAAUUUAGCAUCAUCUGAAGCAUUAAGAAGAGCUACUACUACUACUACAAGAACAGAACAAAGUCCCGGAGUCAUAAGAUCAACAACUACAUCAACUGCAGCAGCAGCUUCAUCAGCAUCAACAAAUAUAAGAAGACCACCACCACCACCACCUACAGUUCCACCAACUACUACCACAACAUCAAGAACUCCAUUAACUUUAUCACCACCAACUAGAAGAAUAGAACAACCACCAAUAGAAUCAACAUCGUCUAGAGCAGAAGCACCAAUUCCAAUACCGAGACAACGACCUCCAACAGCAGGAGGAACAACAGGUAGAAAGACAAUACCAGGAUUAACCACAUCAGCAUCAACAUCAAAUCCAACAUCUUCUUCUUCAUCAUCAUCAAGACCACCACCUCAACCAACAACAACUAGAGAACGAAUAACGGAAAGACAAGCAGGACAAGAUACUGAACGACGAGUUACAACAAAUAGAAGAGGAUCACAAUCGGAUAGAAGAACAUCAACUACAACAAGACAAAGACCAGGAGCAUCAACAACAACAAGACGAACAACUACUUCGACACCAGCAUUAGGUGGACUAGGUACAACAACGACACGAACAACAACAAGAGUCACAAAAAGAUAUAGACCUGGUACAUUAGCCAUUAGAGAAAUUCGUAAAUUUCAAAAAUCAACAGAUCUCCUAAUUAGAAAAUUACCAUUUGCAAGAUUAGUUAGAGAAAUUUCACUAGAGUUUGUUGGACCGGAAUAUGGAUUACGUUGGCAAUCAAAUGCAAUAUUGGCAUUACAAGAAGCAAGUGAAAGUUUUUUAAUUCACUUAUUGGAAGAUACAAACUUAUGUGCUAUUCAUGCUAAAAGAGUUACUAUUAUGCAGAAAGAUAUGCAAUUAGCUAGACGUUUGAGAGGUCAAGAUUGGCUUUAG